AAAUAAUUACAGAGAGGAAGUGACCGGACAAUCAAUCCGCCGCCCGUCGGCCACCAUCCGCCUCCGUUCAGCCUCCGAGCUCGAGGAGUCGAUUAUCAGAGGCGUAGACGCUCUUCGAUUUGGCCGUCCGUCUCUAAUUUGUCGGUGUUCCGGUGUUCGUCUUUUCCUCUAAUGCUAUUGAGAAAUUUGAAUUUUCCUUAUAUGUUCGGAAACCUUUCUCUUGUCCCGCCAUUGCCAGUGUCGCGGUUGUGCAUUCGAAGUUUAGGUUUUUUGGUUAGAACGACCUCUGUUGAUGUACUUGGUGCAGAUUGCGGAGCCGUCGUACCCAAAUGUCUCGUGAAGCCGCGAUCGACAAAGAUGAUCCCUUGGAUGUUGAAGAACUCCUCCAAAUUGGGACAAGAUGCAGAGAGCUGAGGAAAGAGAAGGACAUGUUGCGAGAAUCACAAUCACAAAGCUUUGGACUGAUAAGGAAACUAGAAGAUCAUGUAAGGUCGUUAUCUGAAGCUCAUGCAGAAGAUAAAAAGUAUAUCCAGAAGUUGGAGAGAGAGCUGAGCAAUUGCAGCCAGGAGAUAGAUUACCUGCAGGAUCAACUUAAUUCGAGGAAUGAGGAGGUUCACAGCCUGGAGGAGCGUGUCCGAAUUCUUGAGUUGAAGUUGAUAGACAUGGAUAAUCUAGAGGAGAAGGUCGACAUACUGAGAGAGGAACUGAGGAGGUCCGAUAUGGAGCGUGAGCUGUUGGUCCAAGAACUAGAGACAACAGAGGCAGAGUUACAAAGCUCAUCUCUAUCAGUAGAGAAACUAGAGGAGUCAAUUUCUUCUGUUGCAUUGGAAUCGCACUGUGAAAUAGAGAGCAUGAAGCUUGACUUGAUGGCCUUGGAGCAGAACUACUUUGAAGCUAAAAAAGUUCAGGAGGAGACUCUACAAGAAAAUGAGAGACUGAAUAGUUUGAUUGAUGGACUUGAAGUUCGGAUUGAGGAUGCUCAGGGAAUCAUUGAUAAUUUGGAAAAGGAGAACAAAGAACCGAGAGAGACGAUUGAUUUGUUUGAACCAAAUGCUAGAGUCCUGUGUCAAAGAAUUGGAGAGUGCAUUGAAGAACUGCAAAAUGAUGACAGAGAGUCCAAAAUUGAUAUUCAACUUUUGAUGAGCAAAGUGGGCCUUUCAAAAGAAAUGGGGGAGAUCUUUGGUCAUUUGAUUGCAAAGCUGUCAACCCUACAUGCACCAGAUCCAGUUUUAAAAGAAAAGAUGGAGAAGAUGUCUCUUGAGAUGCAAGAAUAUGAAGAACUUGUGAAGCAACUUAAGGGAGAACUGAGGGAUGAAAAAUUCAAAGCAAAGGAAGAGGCGGAGGAUCUCGCUCAAGAGAUGGCAGAAUUGAGGUACGAAAUGACUUGUUUGCUUGAAGAAGAGCGCAAGCGCCGUGCUUCCAUUGAACAAGCAUCUUUGCAAAGAAUCACCGAGCUAGAGGCACAGGUCCGGAAAGAUCAGAGAAAAUCAACCACAAUUGUCCAACAGCUACAAUUAGCAUAAAAAUCCUCUGGUGCCUCAAAUGAUAAAAGUCUAUGGCAGGAAAAUACGCAAUAGAUCUGUGGAUUGAUCAUUCUUUGCAUAUGAUACACUCAAACUUUUGGAGCAUGAGAAUCGCGUUUCCCUGCAAUGGAGCAUUGCUUGCUCUCUGGAACUCGUGCAAAAAUUCUAUUAGCACGGAACCCCUCAACCUGGGAUCAGAAGAUGCUACAAGCCGAUUCACUAGCUUCAGUUAUUCUUUUGAAGUGGUUCCAAAGUAUGCUAUAUCUUCGGAAUCCCCGGAGUCUGAGAUGUAAAUAUGUCGUGAAAUAACGAACAUCCUCUUUCUCCACCUUCUCUUCUCCUCAAGAGAUGCUAUUCUGCACUUAAACAUGCAGCGAUACAUACAGUUCUUGAUAUUUAUAAAAUUUUCCUUUCAAUUUUUGAUCCCAUAA